AUUUUAGGUGGAGGAAGCUAAACAAGAAUUACAGGAAGUUGUUGAAUUCUUGAAAAAUCCACAAAAGUUUACUGUGCUGGGAGGUAAACUUCCAAAAGGCAUUCUUUUAGUUGGACCACCAGGGACAGGAAAGACCCUUCUUGCCCGAGCUGUGGCAGGAGAAGCUGAUGUUCCUUUUUAUUAUGCUUCUGGAUCAGAGUGUGAUGAGAUGUUUGUGGGUGUGGGAGCCAGCCGUAUCAGAAAUCUUUUUAGGGAAGCGAAAGCAAAUGCUCCUUGUGUUAUAUUUAUUGAUGAAUUAGAUUCUGUUGGUGGGAAGAGAAUUGAAUCUCCAAUGCAUCCAUAUUCAAGGCAGACUAUAAAUCAGCUUCUUGCUGAAAUGGAUGGUUUUAAACCCAAUGAAGGUGUUAUCAUCAUUGGAGCCACAAACUUCCCAGAGGCAUUAGAUAAUGCCUUAAUUCGUCCUGGUCGUUUUGACAUGCAAGUUACAGUUCCAAGGCCAGAUGUAAGAGGUCGAACGGAAAUUUUAAAAUGGUAUCUCAAUAAAAUAAAGUUUGAUCAGUCGGUUGAUCCAGAAAUCAUAGCUCGAGGUACUGUUGGCUUUUCUGGAGCAGAGUUGGAGAAUCUUGUGAACCAGGCUGCAUUAAAGGCAGCUGUCGAUGGAAAAGAAAUGGUAACAAUGAAGGAACUAGAGUUUUCCAAAGACAAAAUUCUAAUGGGGCCUGAAAGAAGAAGUGUGGAAAUUGAUAACAAAAACAAAACCAUCACAGCAUAUCAUGAAUCUGGUCAUGCUAUUAUUGCAUAUUAUACAAAAGAUGCAAUGCCUAUCAACAAAGCUACAAUCAUGCCUCGAGGGCCAACACUUGGACAUGUGUCUCUGUUGCCUGAGAAUGACAGAUGGAAUGAAACUAGAGCCCAGCUGCUUGCACAAAUGGAUGUCAGUAUGGGAGGAAGAGUAGCAGAGGAGCUUAUAUUUGGAACUGACCAUAUUACAACAGGUGCUUCCAGUGAUUUUGAUAAUGCAACUAAAAUAGCAAAGCGAAUGGUUACCAAAUUUGGAAUGAGUGAAAAGCUUGGAGUUAUGACCUACAGUGAUACAGGGAAACUGAGUCCAGAAACUCAAUCUGCUAUUGAACAAGAAAUAAGAAUCCUUCUAAGGGAUUCAUAUGAACGAGCAAAACAUAUCUUGAAAACUCAUGCAAAAGAGCAUAAGAAUCUCGCAGAAGCUUUAUUGACCUAUGAGACUUUGGAUGCCAAAGAGAUUCAAAUUGUUCUUGAGGGCAAGAAAUUGGAAGUGAGAUGAUAACUCUCUUGACAUGGGUGCUGGUUUUAUCGCAAGAAUAUAAGAAACAUUAUAGUAGUGUCCUUUUGCAGUGCUUUCCCCUCCAGUUCUUGACUUGGUGUCAUUCAAGGGUGUGAGACACUUUCUCAUUCUUUUUCACAUUUAUCUAAUUUUAGCUACUCUCAUGAUGACACCUGUUGCAAAUUAGCAACCUAUAGCAAAUAUAUUUUAAAAAAAUAAAGAACUAUCGGGAUUCAAAA